AUGGACUGGAAAAAGACUGAUGGGAGGACUCAAGCUUCAAUACCAAAGAAUAUAUUUCCUUCUUUGUUGAAGAAACUAAUGAACAAUAUAGAGUGCAAUGUUGCCAAGAACAUAUUAGCUGGAUUUGAUAAAUGUGGUAUAUGCCCUAUAAAUAAACUGAAAGUUUUGGACAGAUUGCCAUCAUAUACUCCAGAAAUUGCGGGCUUCAAAGAAGUUAUUGAUGAGACUGUACUAUCCGUUUUAAAAGAAAUGAGAUAUGGAAAAUUCCCAAACAGCAACUGA